AUGUUUAGAGGUACAGUUGAUAGAGCAGGUAAUAGAGAAGGUAAAAAAACAAGUUUAAGAAAAACUGGUAAAGAUAAGAAACAAAGCUCAUCACAAGUUCAAGAAGAGGCACUUGGUAGAACCAAACCAAUACCAGAAUUCAACGAUUCAGGACACGAAAAUUCAAUCAUUGAUUCAGGUGCAAACUUGGUCAAUAGACAUUUAGAGAAUGAUUUAGGUCGUGUAAUUCAUAGAGCAAAACAACAACAUGUAGAUGCAAUCGUUAUCAUUACCAAUGAUUUUGAAAAAUCUGAAAAUUCAAUUAAAACUUCAAUUUCAAAUCCUGGUACUAUCUAUAGUGUAGUUGGUAUUCAUCCAUCAAAUAUUAGUUCAAAAAAAAUGAGUGAUAAAUUAUUUUUACAAUUAAUUAAUCAAUUAAAAACUCAUUCAAUUAAUCAAAAUGUUGUUGGUAUUUAUACAGGAUUAGAUUAUGAAAGAGAUUAUGGAUUAAAAUUCCCACAAGAAAAGUUUAUGAAAGCACAAAUUUCAUUAGCAGCUGAAUUGGGAUUACCAGUUGUUUUACAAGAUUUUGGAGGUGGUGAUGGAUUAUUAGAAGUUUUAAAAGAUAGUAAAAAAGAUAUUAUUCGUGGUAUGAUCUAUUGUUUCAAUAGUAGUAGUAGUUUCUUACAGAAAUUCGUCGAUAUGGAUUUCUAUAUCAGUUUCAAUGGUUUACUUUGUGAACAAUCGGAUAAAGGUGACCAAUUAAGAGAUUUCAUUACUAAAGUACCAUUGGAUAGAAUUUUAUUGGUAUCUGAUUCACCAAAUAAUACUCCACAAAAUAUACCAGAUCAACAUGUUCGUGAAUCAAGAAAUGAACCUUCAAAUCUUCCAUUUGUUUUAGAUAUUGCUGCAACUUCUUUAAAUAUGUCUGUUAAAGAUUUAUCAAAACAAAUUAAAGAAAAUUCUAAAAGAUUUUAUUCACUUUCUUUAGAUUCAACAACAACAACAACAACAGAAAAUAGUGAAGAAAAUAGUGUAGAAAAUAGUGUAGAAAAAACUGAAGAAAAGAAUGAAGAAAAAUCAAUUGAUAAAAAAAAAGCAUCAAAAGGUAAAGGAAAGAAUAAUAAUAAUAAUAAUUUAGAAACUACUACCACUACCACUACUACUACCACUACUAAAUCAUCAAAAGAAAUUGAAAAACUUAAUAAAAAAUCAAUUAAACAACAACAAAAAGAAUUAAAUUUAUUAAUGGAUGAUGAAAUUAAUUCAGAUGAUAAUGAUGAUGAUGAUGAAGAGAGUGAUGAAGAAGAAGAAGAAGAAGAAGAGAGUGAUGAAGAUGAAGAAUCAAAAACAAUUAAAAAAAUUAAUAAAAAUAUUUCAAAAUUAACAAAGGAUCAACAAGAGAAUAUUCAUUAUUCAUGUAAAAAAUGUAGAUCAAAAUUAUUUACACAUGGUGAGAUCAUUUCGCAUGAAGAGAAAUCAAAGGUAUUGGAUCAUAAUUAUAUUAAACAAAAGAAUAAGGAAUUGCAACAAGCUACUGGUAACAUUGGUGAAGGUAUUUACAAUGGCAAUAGUUAUAUAACUGCAACUCAUUCCAUCGGUUGUAAAUCAUUCUUUUUACCACCUUUGGAUUGGAUGAAAGUUGAUAUCACCAAAAACAAUUUCAAAGUGGUUUGUCCAAAUUGUGACAAUAAAUUAGGUUCCUACAGUCAUACAGGUGAGAAAUGUUCAUGUAGUUCAAUGAUUGGUGAAUCUUGUAGAAUUUUAAAAACAAGAGUCGAUACUGUCUAUUUAGGUGAUAAUGGUAAAUUAUUGGAUUUAUCAUUAUUAAAUUUAGAAGAUGAUGAAGAUGAUGAAGAUGAUGAAGAUGGUUUAGGAAAAUUAAAGAAAAAGAAAUCUGCUAAAAAGAAUGUUAAAAAAGAUAAUCGUAAUAAUCUUUCAAACUAUAGAAAUAAAAUUCAAUCUGCUAAAAAACCAAUAACAAAAGAACAAGAAAAUAAUAAUAAUAAUAAUGAUUCUGAUAGUGAUAAUUAG